ACUUCCCCUUUAAAGUAUCUGAGAGACACUUUUGGCUUCUCACUCUGUCUCUCUUUACUGUGUGGUCAGGCUGCUGUAGCUGAAAGGAUCUUAAACGAUAAAGAAUACACUCCUGGACUCCAUGGUGGUGGUGAUGCAUCUUCUUCUCUUACAUAUGCAAGGGACAUGUAAAAUUGUCAGGAGAUUAUUUUGUUGCAGUUACUUGGACAAAGGAUACAUGACUGGACCAAAAAGGUAAAAGUCUUCCAAGGUUGAUGGGAGUGGAACCAGGCUGCAACUUGGAGGAAGUCUGCAGAUUCCUCACAUGAUGGACUGCAACGACUCCCAUGCUCUGCUCUCUGGAGAGCACCUCAUCUACGCCAUCACCAUACCCCUGUCCACCUCCAUCAUCUUGGCCAACCUCGUCAUCAUCAUGGGCAUCGCCUGGAACCGCCAGCUCCACAACACGCCCAACUACUUCUUCCUCAGCCUGCUGGUGGCAGAUCUGUGCACGGGAGUGGCGCUGCCUUUCAUACCGUUAAUGGGUCUGAACCGUGAGUUGAGUUUCAGCUCCUGCCUGGUGGCUCACAUUUUCCCAAACUUCCUCUUCCUGGCGUUCCUUUUGAACUUGGUAAUGGUCCACUAUGAGCGUUACAUUUGCAUCGUCGACCCCCUGCAUUACAACAACCUGUGGAUGCACCGCAGCUUCCCUCUGGCGUUGCUUGUGGUUUGGGCGCCGCCACUUCUGUACGCAUCUCUACCUGCUUUUGGAUGGAAUAACUGGACAGGGCCCGAUUGGAACGGCUGUUGUGCAAGUAGCCAAAAUACAACUCUACUUUCAAACUGUUCGCAUAACAAAACCACGUGCUGCUCCUAUAGGCGAGUAUUCCCCAAUGCUUUUAUCUACUUGGAAGUGUAUGGGCUCGUCUUACCUGCUAUUCUCACCAUCGCUGGCAUGACUGGCCAUGUUUUGUGGAUCACCCGAGGUCAGCUGAAGGACAUCUGUCGCCUCCAUCGUUCAGUAGAGAGGGGAAGUCAGGCCUCGGACCAAGAGCAGAGGCUUAACCUGCGUUACACUCGCUGCGUGGUCGCGGUGUCUCUGACCUUUAUUGCAUGCUGGGUACCCUACCUCAUCUACAUGCACGUCUGCAUAGGGUUCUUGAUCAGCGACACCAAGUGGAGCUCCACCACUCACAUCGUGCUGUCGUGCACCGGGAUCGGAAGCAUGGCCGUGGUGCCACUUGUGCUCGGCCUAGCCAACAGGCAGUACACAGAACCUGCAUAUAAACUUGUCCAGAAACUCAGAGACAGGUGGAGGAUGCAGGGGUCAGAGGAAGUGGCGGUCUGAGAAUAAUAUUUAAGAAGAUUAAUCCGUUAGACAUUAUGCUGCUUGGGUUAGUUUUCACAGGCCCACAGGAGGAAAUUUCAACAGCAGAAAAUCAUAUAUCAGCGGCUUCCUCUGAUAUGCAUCUGCAUUGCGUUACCCACUUUCUAGCUUGCAAAAUGCCUAUAUUCGAAUUUCUCUUUGUCCUGCCUUUGCUGGAUAUCAGUUCAACUGGCAUUAGAUUUCUUCACAAGUUUCAACCCCCUGCCUGCAAUGUUUACUCCACUAGUGUUUAUACUGGUAUGCAAGAUGAAGAGGGGAAAGGGAUGCAUCCAAUCAAUUUAAAAGAGGAAGUUUCUGCAAGCACAUGCAGGAAAGAAAGGGGUAAGAGUUGUGCUAUAUUUAGAUAAACUGUUAGAGGAAGGUUUAAUACCUUUUAAAAGCUGCUGUCAAAUACUGUUUGAAAACCUGAAACUGCAUUGUAAAAAUCCAUGCACGGGAAAUUCGCUUUUUAUUUGAGACCUGAUUAAACACGCAAUACAUGCUUUUUGUUUCCAUAAUUAAAGUCUGGUUUUAAAUGUGUACACACGGUACAGUAUGUGGGUGGAAAGAGACGAGCUGAAGCAGACUUUAAUGAAAUUAUAAAGCACACAUUAGGAGGGAUGGGAUAUCAUCAUGAGGUCAAGGAACACUGACUGUAUGUCUUUCGUAUGUGCUGCUUUGCUUACAUUAUGUUCCAGUAGGCUUUCCACAUCGGAAUACUGUGUACUCGUGUGUCCGGAAGACCGAGGAGAACAGGAUGAGACUGUCGGGCUCCGACUCUGUUUGACUGACCGCUAUCUGUAUCAUGUGGAAAGCAACUGACAAACAAACACACUGUUCCCAAACUAUGUCUGGAUUCCUAACAGAUAGGGAAGUACAUUCUUUUCAAGGGGGGAAAUCAUGUUAGCUUAGCCUGGAAAGAGGGAUUUAAACCUUUUUCAAUAUUUAUGCUAAGCUAAGCUAACACGGCCUUGAUUCCAGCUACAUAUUUAGUUCACGUGUGCUAUCACUCUUCUCAUUUUACUCUUGGCAAGAUAAAAAAAAAAAAAUAAUCCAAAAUGUCUGACUAUAUGUUCUUGUUACUUGAAAGAAAAAGAGAGAGCGCUUUAUUUAUUAAUUGUACUAUAGUGCAAGUCAGCCUAAAAUAAACUCUGCAAUGCUUUCA